CUGUGCGGCUCUGUAGCCAGCUGGCGUGACUCCGCCCAACAAAGUCAGCGUCGACAGGCAUAUCUAACGCAUCUGUAUCGCCGUUGUUUGGCACGCGCAUUUUACGCUCGGUGUCGAGGCCAAAUCCGCGCUCGCGCACCAAAUCCAUUUACAGUCCGGCAGUGGAGAGGGCCCCGCGGUCGGUUAUCUGCUCCGUCAGUCCAGCCAUCCGCUCGGUCACAGCCCCGGAGAGACGAUACACGGCGCGGGGAGCGGCGGCGGUGCCUCGGUGACACACUCGGACAGAGCAGGAGCACUUCGGAGGGGAAAAGAAUGGCGGAUUUGUGCUGCACCGCAGCGGAGGUCGGGGCCGCGGGCUCCGACAGCGCCGCUGCCGACGGGGCGGAUGGCACUGUUGCGCUUGAUGUUGGUGGUGCACCCGUAGCCGCGGUACCCAAGAUCGAGUCCGAGUCUGUGAAGGGCCAGAUAUUUGACGUGGGCCCCCGCUACACGAACCUGUGUUACAUCGGGGAGGGGGCGUACGGAAUGGUGUGCUCUGCCAUGGACAACGUGACAACCCAGCGCGUUGCCAUCAAGAAAAUCAGCCCCUUCGAGCACCAGACAUAUUGCCAACGCACACUGAGGGAAAUCAAGAUCCUGCUGCGUUUCCACCAUGAGAAUAUCAUCGGCAUCAACGACAUUCUCAGGGCAAGGCACAUUGACAACAUGAGGGAUGUCUACAUCGUGCAGACUCUGAUGGAGACGGACCUGUACAAGCUGCUGAAGAGCCAGAGGCUGAGCAACGACCACGUCUGCUACUUCCUCUACCAGAUCCUGCGAGGCCUCAAGUACAUUCACUCGGCCAACGUGUUGCACCGUGACCUCAAACCCUCCAACCUGCUCAUCAACACCACCUGCGACCUCAAGAUCUGUGACUUUGGCCUGGCACGGAUAGCCGACCCUGAGCACGACCACACAGGUUUCUUGACUGAGUACGUGGCCACGCGUUGGUACAGGGCUCCAGAAAUCAUGCUCAACUCCAAGGGCUACUCUAAGUCCAUCGACAUUUGGUCAGUGGGCUGCAUCCUGGCUGAGAUGUUGUCCAACAAGCCGAUCUUCCCUGGGAAACACUACUUGGACCAGCUCAACCACAUACUGGGCGUCCUCGGCUCCCCAUCUCAAGAUGAUCUGAACUGUAUAAUCAACAUGAAGGCGAGGAACUACCUGCAGUCCCUGCCUGAAAAACCCAAGAUCCCCUGGGAAAAGAUCUUCAACAGGGCCGAUUCGAAAGCUCUGGACCUGCUGGGCCGCAUGUUGACCUUUAAUCCCAUCAGGCGCAUCAGCGUUGAAGAGGCCCUGGGUCAUCCUUACCUGGAGCAGUACUAUGAUCCCUCAGAUGAGCCAGUAGCGGAGGAGCCCUUCACUUUCACCAUGGAGCUGGAUGACCUACCCAAGGAGAAGCUGAAGGAACUGAUCUUUGAGGAAACGGCUCGUUUCCAGGAAACCUACCAGGGCUCUUGAGACACACAGCCCCAAAGAGUGACGACGCCACGCAGAGGCUCGGAACAAGAAGAUUUCAAACGACAUGCUAAAACAAAGAAAAAAAAACAAAUCUUCAAGAAACCAACAAAAAUGAGAAAAUACGAACAUUUAACUGCUUAUCUUUCCAUUUCUACUGCAAGAGAGAGCUAAGUUCAACUUUGAUUUCUGUGGUUGGGUGGGGUGGUUGGGUUCUGUCGUACUCGUAUUGGUUUAGCUCUUUUUCUAUGUUGGACUCUCCCUCCUUUCACCUCCAUGUUUGUUUUCCAGUCCCACCUCACCUCGUCCCAUCUGCAGUUACUCACUGCUCCUCUCCUCUCUUCUUCUGUACCAUCUCUCCUUCACCUAUCGCUGAUCUGUCUUUCCUCUCUGUCGCUCCCUCUCAUAUAAACUCAUACUACUGUAUUAUUAUUAACCAGCACCAUAACUCUCGUCUCGGCUCCAUGUAAAUUGCAACCCUGAUAAGUCGAGGGCUAAAAGAACGGGGACGCUAAUCGGGUGUGAGUAUGUAUAUACAAAAAUAUAAAACCUUUUUUUUUUGUCGUUUUUUUAAGUGUGCUUGUCGCAGUUUUCGUUUGUACACCGUUCAGAGUCGUAAUGUAUGUGUUGGGGUUUAUAUUUGCAAGUCAUUUUUGAACACUUGAUUUUGAGACAAACAUUCAGUGUCUUUAUUGGCAUGUUGGCAGGUUUAUAGAUUUCUUUGUUGUCGCUCUUUUUGAAUUUUCUUUUUUUUAAAGGAAAAAAAAAAACUGUAUGAUGUUGAUAUGAAUGCAUGCAUUCCUGAAUUUACCAAAGUGGCAGAGAGACGUGAGGAACUUGGCUGGGGAGCAGUUAAAAAAUAUCAGUUUUUACCUUAACCACAUUUCUUGACCUACAAACUCGAAUCAAGGGCAGAGAAACAGAUGUGAACAGCUAUUUUCAGGAGGUUCUAGGGUUUUUUGGAACAAAGCCGAAGUAAAGAGCAUAAAAUAGUUUCUACGAUCAAGUGUUCUUUCAGAUAUUACAACUGUGAUGCCUAAUGCCGAUAUACCACAGAAACACUGAUCUAACACACCGGUAUAACAUUACUGUAUUCUCCACAUUCAGCCGUGUAACAUCACUUGUCCCAUAAAUACAGCCAACAUCACAGCUGAUCCAGUGUCAGUAUUAGAUUCCUAUAUUAAAUUACAUUCCUGUAACACACUCACACACACACACACACAGCGACUGACUGGGGAACUUCAGCUUGUGUCAUUACACCACUGGAGCCCUCUGUCAUUCCUCAGCCCCUCUGACUCACUCAGUCCUCUGCGUCCCAAACAAACAGCCUGUCUGGGGAAAUGGGGGUCUGGUUGACUUGAGCCUUUCCAUUGUGCAUUGCUGUUUUUGGUCUGCGCUCCUGUUUAAGUCUCGUGGAGUGGAGUGGUUUGAGCAGGCUGGGACCUCAUUGACAGCGAAAAGCCCUAAUCUGAACAAUUUUGUCACGGCAGACGUUUUGACUUGUCAUAGAAGGAAAAGCACACAUGGAAAUACAUUUUUGUUAACGGUGAUUCAGUGGGACAUCAAACGUUCCAGUAAAUCAAUCAUGCCAGGACGCUUGAGCACACACAGUAACAAGUCACUAGUAGUUGCUCAUCUGAAUGGAAUGCCCUCAUUAUUAAUGUUUACGGCUAUAACGCGCCAGAAUGUCUGCUGCGGUAAAAGGACUGUUGAUGCUAGUGUUGAAUGUAACUGGCCUUUGCUUUGUGGACUCUCCUUAGUUGUGUCCAUUGACAGAAAAACUACACCACUACUGAGAAAACUGUGCACGUUACUGAUUCAUCAAGACAGAAGAGAGCUGUACAGUUACUCCUGCUCACAGCCAAGCAACCAUCAUCACUUCCUGGUUGUACCGUAUAUAUCCCAGUUUGCCCCUCUCUGAGUGUUUUUAUUUUCUGCGCUCCUCUUCCCGCCUCCCUUUGCCUGUGUGUGUGUGCGCGUGUGUGUUUUCUCCUGGCCACCUGUUAACAUACAGGAUGUGUGUUCUAUAAUGUGGGUGAUAUAGUGUCUGACGUAUCAUUGAGUGUGUGCAAACAUUGUUCUCUCUCUGUGUUCAUUGUUUCUGUCCGUUUUCAGUGUCUGCUCUCUGUGACCAUACUACUCGCUGCUUGGUGGACCACCACCCACGGGUCCACCAGCUCCGUCUGCACUAAUCUUAUGCCCGUUGCACUGGGACCAGUGUAUAGACCCAGAUCUGGAGCGCUCACUGGCCUCGCCCUCUCCCAGGGCUGUUAUUUCAGAAGCCAUAGCCACCACUCUGGGAUCGUUGUGAGGCUUUAUGGUGCAUGUGGCGACGCACGUUUUUGUAGUUCAACCCUCCCAAAUCCCACCAUGCUUUACUAUUAGGGGAAAAAAAGGGCUGCCCCCUCUUCCUCCUCCCCUGUCUGUGUUUACGUACUCGCCCAUAUCUGCGUAUCUCCUGUGGGAUUGGGGAAGACCCUCUGACUAUAUCACUGACUUUGCUGUCGCUUUCCUCCGUCACCUCUCGUCUCUGACCAUGGACAUGGUCAUACGAGCAGGAAAACUCGCUCCGAUCACAUGACUCAAUCAGCACGCCAGCACUUUGUCUUUGCAGCCACGCUCUGACUCCUUCAAGGUUGUUUUGGAUGGUCCUCUCCCUCCCUUUCUGUCUUGUAUCCUGCUCAUCCAGCUUUAAGUUUCACCUGCUGUGUGUGUGUUAAGACGCAUGGACUGUCUGCUGUAAUUUAUAUCAGUGUAAAAGUGUUUGUAUUUUUGCUUAUCAGUAACAUAAAGCCAAGGCUCUUUUUGUCUAGUG